AUGUCCUUCAAAGAUUUCAAAGCGAUUUACAGCGAUCAACUUCAACUAUCAAUGGAUUUUCCAGGAGCUACUCAAAACGGUUCUUUUCAGAACCAAACUCAACCCAACCAUCCUCUCACUCAACCAAACCAGCCUCAGCCUCUCACUCAACCAGACCAGCCUCAGCCUCAGCCUCUCACUCAACCAGACCAGCCUCAGCCUCUCACUCAACCAGACCAGCCUCAGCCUCUCACUCAACCAGACCAGCCUCAGCCUCUCACUCAACCAAACCAGCCUCAACUAACCUGUUCUAACCAGCAACAACCUGCAGCAGUCACCUCUGUAACUGGACCCCAUAAGAGAAGGAGAGGAAUAACAACAGUGUUGGCUGACAGAACCAAUGGGCAGGAGAAUAUCCCGGAGGAACAACCAAGGCACAGCAAGAGACAGGCCCUACAUAUUCUGAAGGAGGCAGUUCUGAAGGAGGCAGCUGAAAUCAAACAGAAGCCAAGAGGAGACAGUGCUUCUGGUGGUGGAACAAGGUGGGCCAAAGUAAAACUAGCGCCUGAGACCGAGUCAGCCUGUCAGUACCCUUAA